GCUUAUUUUGGUGCCGGUGACGUUUGAGUCCCUCCGAAUUUUUGGUUUUUUCUCUUUUGACCUUAAAAAACACUUCAAAUUAAGCAUUUUCAGCGAAAAAUUUUCUGGAUGGCCCAUAACUUAACCCUACAUUGCGCCAUUUUCUCAAUUACAAUAAAAAUAUAUUGUAACAUAUAAAGGUGAAUAGUAAAUAGUAAAGGAAAAAAUAAUUUAAAAAAUCCAAGUCAACUAGAAUACAUUUAUUUCCUUAUAUUUGUAAAUGUAGCUAACAUGAUACAUAGUGCAGUAAUGCCCACUUGCACCACUAAUAAAUAAGCCUGACUUUUCGGAAAGCCGAGCUUGAUUGUAGAAAUUGUUUGCACGGUUGUUUAAGCCUGGCUUAAGGAACGAAAAGCUCGGCUUGAAUUAAGCCUACUCAAGUGACUGCUUAAGGCGCAUUUAUAUACUUGCCGUUACCGUUUGCUGUCAGUCGAAUUUUUAACCUAAGAUCUUUCCUGUUUUACUUGGAGAGACAAGGUUUAAUUUUGUCUCAGAUACUUUUUUUUAAAUCUUAAAAUCGAUAUGGAGGCAGCCCCAAAAGUGGUUUGUACAUGUAAGGCAGCGACAACGGGCGCAAAUGCUCCCCUUUCCCACCAGGAAGCUUUGGAUUUAUGUGGAACUCAAGCUUCAAUUGAUACAACUGAUUAUGUCAUGCAACAGACGAUGUUUCGUAUAAAGGACCCGAAAGUUUCACUACCAUUCUACUCGAACGUGUUGGGAAUGAAGCUGUUAACCAAGGCCGACUUCCCAUCGAUGAAGUUUAGUUUGUACUUCAUGGGCUAUCAGAGGAGUACGCCGGGACAGUUGGGCUCAAUAGCUCGGACCGAAUGGGCUCUAGAGCGGAAAGCCACAAUUGAACUCACUCAUAACUGGGGAACAGAAAACGACGCCGACUUUACCGUACACAAUGGAAACCAGGAGCCUAAAGGGUUCGGUCAUAUUGGAAUUAUGGUUCCCGAUGUAGACCAAGCUUGCGAACGAUUCGAAAAGCUCUGUGUGAAAUUCGUAAAGAAGCCCAAUGAUGGAACAAUGAAAGGCAUUGCUUUCAUUGCCGAUCCAGACGGGUACUGGAUCGAGAUCCUCAACAACAGAGUGACCGCCAACCUUAUUGUGCAACACUCUACCUGAAGCUGUUUUAUACACGCAGCUUCACUGGUUCAAGCAACUCCGUGAGAGGAUAAUCAAACGUAAGGAUUAGGUGUAUUAGAAUUUAUGUACUAUCUACAAAACUUAACCAUUAAAUGCAAAUAACAAAGAA